ACAGAUAGUCUUGCGAAAUCCUUGGUAAUGAUUCUGAAACCGAUUGCCAAGGUUAGCUGAGUGCUUCGUAACAUAGAGAAUGUCAACACGACAGAAUCCUGACGCUUGCUGACAAACGAUAGAGCAGCCGUCUAAAGUUACAACACAGUCCCAAAUCGAAAAGCACAUCUGUGAGCUUAAGCAGAUGUAAACCAACGCGUUUCCCGCCAUUGCACGAUCACCUGCGGCUACGGUGAACGAUUUGAAGAAAUCCUGGUUUGUUGGACAGAGGAUAAACAAGCGAUUUCUUUUACAAUUAUGGCGAGCACAGCAAAAUGUAUGGCUUUAGCGUUCUUGUGGUUAUGCCUUUAUGUCUCAGCUAUCAACAGUACAAACUUGACCGACGGCAUUGCCUUUCCAACAGACGAGGUUAAAGUUUACGAUCUGGAGAAUUCUCAACAAGACGAUGACGAGCUUAAACUGGUCAAGGACUUGUUCCUCAGCGGAUAUAACAAGAACGUCAGACCCGUUGAAGACAAGAAUCUGCCAGUAGAGGUGAAGUUUGGUAUUGCUUACACACAGAUCGUAGACUUGAUUGAGAAAGAUCAAGUUUUAGAAAGUAACAUUUGGGUUCGUAUGAAAUGGCAGAACCAUCUUCUCAAAUGGAAUUACUCAGAAUAUGGUGGCAUCAAAGCUAUUAAUAUAACACCUCUCCUGAUGUGGCUACCGGAUAUUGUGCUUCAUAACAAUGCUGAAGAAAAUCUUCCCAGUGGUACACUUGACCAAUUUAAGACCAAAGUCCAGUUAAACUACAAAGGAGAAUGCACUUGGUAUGCGCCCACCAUCCUACGCAGCGGCUGUAACAUUGACAUUACAUAUUUUCCAUUCGACGACCAACUCUGUGAGCUCAAGUUUGGUUCGUGGACGUUCAACGGAUUACAAGUAAAUAUUGUGCAGAUGACUGAUGAAGCAGACCUUAACUUCUAUAUGAAAAGCUCCGAAUUUCAGUUGAUUUCGGCGAAAGCAAAAAGAAAUGUUGUCAGAUACAGUUGUUGUCCUGAACCAUAUCCUGAUGUGACAUUCUACCUUCACCUUAGACGAAAACCAGGCUUUUUUCUUUACAACAUAAUCAUUCCCUGUCUGGUCAUCACUUCACUUGCCGUACUGACAUUUUUACUUCCGCCGGAAAUUGGCGAGCGAGUUACACUCGUCAUUGAGUCAUUCCUUGCCUUGUCUUUCGUUAUCUUGAUGGUUUCUUCAAGUGUACCUGUGACAUCUGAUAACACUCCAUUGAUCAUGAAGUUUCUAUUGAUAUCGAUGUGCCAGAUAGGUUGUGCUCUAAUUGCGAACUGUAUCUCUUUGAACCUGUAUAAGAAAGAAGAAAUGCCCCAAUGGGUACGAGUGGUAUUCCUUCACUAUCUUGCACGGUGCCUCUGCAUCAGUACUGGACACCCCAAGGGUGGCGUUAGUCCCAAGAAAUCCAAAGACGAAGAUACACAGGACAAAAAAGUGCUCGCCUCAAUGAUUCACAAGAACUCUUACAAUUCUAUUGAUGGACCAGUUUCUCCUCUGCUUCCCCGGAAGACUAGCGCUAACUCGGAUCAUCAAAUGAGUAAAGCGGCUGAUGGUAUUGCUGCUGUUGCUGAGACGGUCCUUAAGGAAGAAGAUUUUGAGAAAGACAGGGAUUUCUGGAUCUUCACAUCGAUUGUUGUUGACAGAUUACUUUUGAUUAUUUUUACUCUUACAUUCAUCACGAGUUCUUCAUUUAUCUUUUCCAUGGUGCCUGAUCAUUAUGGAAUUUUCUAAUGAAGAGAUUGACAUCGAAUUAAACUUCUUCAAGCGUUCCCUUGACUUAAUUCCAUCUUCAAGAAAGCGCUGUGGGAAACGCUUCUUCACUCCAAGUUGUCAUCCUAUGUUGCCGACGAACGUCAUCCAAGAGGUUAAUUGGCAUAACCUUAGUCAGACCAAGUUAAGAAACACUAGCUGAGAAAACGAAGGAAAGAAAACCAGAACAACUGGAAAACUGCAGACAAGUGGAAGUUGCCUCAAUAUCCCAACCUAUACAAUAGCUACAAUAGUGCAUUACUCCUACCUAUAUAACCCUAACGAGCGCCGACAGAAUGAGUGACAAUGACAGUAUUGUCAGACUAAUAAGUGACAGUGACUGACUACAAAGGUAGUGUCGUCAGACUGAUAAGGUUUUCUAGAGAUAUUUUUCAAGUUUUUGUUUUUGCUUAUGUGGCUAAGUUAGCUAAUGAAUACUGAUGCGGUUGCCAUGCUACCUACGGCUUCAACGAUGCCGGCAGACACCAAAGUAAGGAAGUAGGACGCUAACUCAAUAAAAUAGAAUAUUCAUUCUUUCUCUUUUUCUUUUUAUGCAGUUUCUUGAUAUACAAAUAAUAUACUGGUAGGGGUAAUAGCGUAUGGCAUAUUAAAAAAAAUCAGAUGUUUACCUACCGACAAUAAUACAAAUGUCGUAUCAUCUUUUCCUUAAGACGACUUCUUCAUGUCAUGCAAGAUAUUCAACUUCUAAUAAUGCGAUUUCAUCAUCAUUAAGAGCGGGUCUUUUUCAUGGUUUUCCUAUAUAAGUCAUUUUUAUCCAGUAACAAUUAGAAGACAUUUAUUUUUUCUCUUUCUUUUCUUUGUUUCGUAUCGGAAUUUUUCCAAAAAUGGAUGUAUCUUGGACAGCGCUUUAAUCCUCAAGUGAACUGCUUCUUAGUCGAGUUCCUUGUACAAUAUUUGCCUACAAAACGAACACAAUUAAUUUCUUUUGUAGAUUGUUUCAGUGCUUUAAUACUUUAAUAUUCUAGAGUUACUCAUGUCAUCCGACAGCAUUGCGUUCUUUAAGCAUUCAUUUCUUAGAAUGCACCCAUUUGACUCAAGAUCUCUUGAGAUAUAUAUAUAAUAACUGAACGUUAAACAGUCGCCAUGUUGGUUGUUAUCGUCAACAUGGCGGCUAGGACGUAACAAGCAAUAGAACAGCUGGUAUUUACUUUAGUGUUUAGAGUGCUAAAAUCUAGGUGGCUUUUUAGAUGUGUUAUACAACAUUGAUACGUUUGUGUGUGAAAAAAUGCCAGUAAUAAAAUUGGGACAUUUUAAAAAGA